UGCCGGAGCCGGGGAGCGGCCGCGGGAGGCACAGGGCGGGCGGGCGGCAUGGAGUGAGGGCUGGCGGCGGCGGGCAGGGGAGCGGGGCAUGCGAUGGGCCAGGCAUGAUGGGCGCGCUCGGCUCCGUCCUCCCGCUGCUGCUGCUGCUGCUGCUGCCGCCGCCGCCGCUGCCGCAGGUGCUCGCCGCCGCCCCGCGCAUCCAGCCGCCGGGGGCCGCCGCCGAGGCGCGGAUCGGCUGCCUGUUUGAGGAUGACCUUUGCAAGUCUUUUGAAGUCUGUGUAAAUGAUGGACUAUUUGGGAGAUGUCAGCGAGUGCCAGUAAUAGACAUCUAUGAAUAUGACAUUUCAGCCCCUGUUCUGCAGCACCUGAAGAUCAUCCUGGAGCAGCUCUCACACAGAGGUUUUACCUGGCGAGAUGAUUACACACAGCAUGUUAUUGGUCAGGAGCUCUCAGCCAUUCACAAAAUCCACAGCAGACGUCCUGAUGUAUUCACAUCUGAAGGAUCUGACACAGGAAGGACUUUGGGACAGAAUGCAGAUAACGAAAGAAAUUAUGAUGUGGAAAAUGACGUGAACUUGGCCAAGUCUCUUCAGCAAUACCUUAAAUAUCUCAGAAUUCUCUCCCAGUCUGCAUCUAAAAAUUUGUAUCCAAGGAAGACAAGUGACAAAACUUCUGUCAAGAGCUACAUCUACAAUGAUCCUAUGAGGUACUACAUGAGGCAAAACCCCAAAGAGCGAUUGCUUCCUUUGGCACAGGCAUCCAAAUCCCAUCAGGAAUCCUCUGAGAAUCCCCACGGGAGGACCCUCAGCCAGCGCCAGCCAGACCAGCUCUUGCCAGAGUCGGGAAUGGGGCUCGGCCAAAAGAGCCUGAUGGCCGCACUGCACUCCUACAUCACCCAGAACCUGUCGGCACAGAGCAGUGAUAAAAGCCCUCACAGCAGGACUAAAGGGUCUCAGGCUUAUGCUGAGAGAUUGUAUUCUACACAGGUCAGUCCUUUUGACGGAACUUUUGCCAAAGGAAAAGCAGAAGAUUUCAAAGUGAAGAAGCCGCUCCAGCCAAGGCCUGUGCCUGGAGUGCUGAGGGCAACCCCUGAGAUGCUGAGUCAUAAAUCUGCUUCCCAGGAUAAUCCAAAGGACCCUCUGAGCAUUGUGGAUGAGACGCUGAUUAAAAAUGUAUUGAAGGACCUAGAGAAACACCAAGUGAAUGUGGAGAAUCUCAGCUCAACAGAAUUGGAUGAGAUUGCUGAUACAAUCGCCACUGCAAUUCAAAGCGUUGACAUUCAGGAAGAAACAGAAAAAAAUGCUGGAAAAACGAAAGAAGACAAAACAGAAGCACAGAUGAAGGAAGGAGAUGCUCAAGGAAGGGCAGAUAUUCAGACUGGAUUAAUGGAAAACAGUGUUAAUAUACCAGACAAUGGGGUGCAUGAAGCCAGUGAGAGAACUGAUAAAGAGGAGAACACCGCAAAACUAAUUAGAUUCUUGAAUGAGAAUGCAUUACCUGAAAAUAUGCAUAAAACCCUUAUUCCUGAAGAAUCUACAAAAACAGAAACCAAGAAAUCUGAAGAAACUGACUCUUCUUCCUCAGAAGAAACAAAUGCUGGUGUGGAAAACGUAAAAAGUGAGACUUUCUCACGGGAACUGACAACUGCAAAGAGCAGUGAAUCUGACUCCAAAGACCUGAGCCAGACCAGCUACUGGAUUAAAAAUGCUUUAAUGCAGGAUGGAAACUCCUAUGAAAAGCCUCAGAAAAACACAGGACAAGGCUUACAACUUGAAGUGAAGUCUUCUGAGGAGAAAGAAUACGGCUAUAUUGUGACAGUGAAAGACCCCCUGAGUGUGGAAAAGGGCUUGGAGUUAAUAAAGGAAGUGGCAGAUCUCCUGAAGCUGCAGAUGAGUGUCUUCGAUGAUGUCAAUGUGCUGGGACCAGCUGUGACCUUCCGAGUGCACUCAAACCUCCAAAACAUUUCAACUGCAGAUGUUGCCAAAGAAGCAGCCAUAAACAAAGAGAAGCUUGAAAAAAUAACUGGACUGAAAAUUCUGCAGACUGGUGUGGGGGAGAAAAGCAACGUCCCGCCGCUCGCGCAGCGCGGGGAAGAAGCCGAGUCCGCGAAAUUCCUUCUCCUCACCCUCCUCUCCCUCGCCUGCAUCGCCGGGGUCCUGGCAGCGUCGGGGGUCGCCUACUGCCUCCGCCACCGCGCCCACCACCGCCUGAAGGAGAAGCUCUCAGCCCUGGGGGCUGACGCCGGCUCCGACGCGCCCGCUGCUUACCAGGAGCUAUGCCGCCAGCGCAUGGCAGUGAAAACCUCUGAUCGCCCGGAGCCCCUGCACUCUUCCCGAAUAAACAGCGUUUCCUCCCAGUUCAGCGAUGGGCCCAUCCCCAGCCCCUCAGCCCGCAGCAGCACAUCGUCCUGGUGUGAGGAGCCGGUCCAGUCCAACAUGGACAUCUCCACCGGUCACAUGAUCCUGUCCUACAUGGAAGAUCACCUGAAAAACAAGAAUCGUCUGGAGAAGGAGUGGGAAGCUCUGUGUGCCUACCAGGCUGAGCCCAACGACAGCGCUGUUGCACAGCAGGAGGAGAAUGUCCAGAAGAACCGCUCACUGGCUGUAGUACCUUAUGACCAUUCCAGGAUAUGUCUGAAAGGUGAAAGUAGCCACGACAAUUCAGAUUACAUCAAUGCCAGUCCAAUUAUGGACCAUGACCCCCGAAACCCUGCAUAUAUUGCCACCCAGGGCCCUCUCCCUGCUACUGUUGCUGACUUCUGGCAGAUGGUCUGGGAGAACGGCUGUGUCGUUAUUGUCAUGCUGACACCCCUCGUGGAAAACGGAGUCAAACAGUGCUACCACUAUUGGCCAGACGAAGGGUCAAACCUCUACCACAUCUACGAGGUAAAUCUUGUCUCUGAGCACAUCUGGUGCGAGGAUUUCCUCGUGAGGAGCUUCUACCUGAAGAACCUUCAGACGAACGAGACCCGCACAGUGACGCAGUUCCACUUCCUCAGCUGGAACGAUCAGAGGGUUCCUGCUUCCACCAGAUCACUUCUGGAUUUCCGCAGAAAAGUAAACAAGUGCUACAGGGGUCGCUCUUGUCCAGUAGUUGUUCAUUGCAGCGAUGGUGCGGGAAGAAGUGGAACCUACAUUCUAAUUGACAUGGUUCUCAAUAAAAUGGCCAAAGGUGCUAAAGAGAUUGAUAUUGCUGCUACCCUGGAGCACUUGAGGGACCAGAGACCGGGCAUGGUCCAGACAAAGGAGCAGUUUGAGUUUGCUCUGACAGCAGUUGCAGAGGAAGUGAAUGCAAUACUCAAGGCCCUUCCCCAGUGAGCAGCUCAGUCUCCCGAAGGUUCCUGCAGAAUCCAUCCCUCGUUUUCCUCAUCCUCAGUCCCUGUGAAUGUUCUUGGAAACCGUGACCUGACCUUAACUGUGUAUCUUCUGUUGUAACCACAUAGUGAUAGGGUUCUUACCAACUCCUUUAGCUGGUGAAAGUUCAACAGUUAAAAUGUGUAUUCUGUUUUUUGGGGUUUUAAACAAUUUUUUAAAAGUACAUCAAAGCCUCGGAUUAAGUGACAGAACAAUCCAUGUAAUUCCUCCCACAUCCUCGAAGCCCUGAAUGUCACACUUUGAAAGCACACAUUCAUGUUCUUAAUAGCAAAUAUACAAUAUUGUGGGUAAUUAGUGCAGUCAAUAUAGUCUCAGAAAACAGUGUUCUGUUAUAUUUUGUAACUUCUCAAAGGCUGAAUAAGCGUGAGGGCCUGAAGAGGAUGGUGAUUGUUCCCAUACAGUGCCAAGCUAGAGCAUGAAACAGUGCUGUGGGUGUGAGCAAACACAGGUCCAGGCUCUGGCAAGGAGAGCUUGCACCUUCUCAUGCCAGGCUUUGGCAAGCAAAUGUUUUCUUAACUGUUGUUUACUUUUCAGCUUUGUGCCAUGAGAGGAAGAAAAUCUGAACUAUAAGUAAAACAGGCUUGCACGGUUGUUGCAACUGGGGAGAAAACAAGUUGGUCACAUUAAUGGGAAGCCAGGGCAUAAUGAGCACCACUCUGACCAUGUACCUGGCGCUGACAGCACAGAAAAGGAGAGCACAGACUCCCCUCAGGUGAUGGGAAAGGUCCUGUCAGCAGUCAGGUAACUGUCCAGAGCUGUUAUAGAAAGAGAUUGUUGGUUUUAUGGGAUUACUGAGGAAGAAAAUGGGAUUCUCCUCUUUAUAUUUUUGCAUUUCCCUCUGUAAAGCUCUGCUGUGCCAUCCUUUUUAGCCAGGAAAGUGUACUUCUGUAAAAGCCUGGCUGAAGAAGAACUCUCCAAUCUGCAUUUUAUGACUCUCAUCGAGUUUGUCUGAUCCAGGCAUUUGUUGCAGCUUUCUGCAGAGGCUCUGCUCACUCAUUUUUCUGAAAGACACCUAUUUGAACUGAGCAUGAAGGGGUAUAGCAGCACAAAUGUUGAAUUUCAGAGAUUCAUGUAUUCUCAAAAUCCUAAUGCCUACUGUUGCAAAGUAAUGCUAAAAUAUGUCUGUAAAUGGUUUGGAUAUGCAAUCUUGCUUCUGUGAAUUCACAGGUUUUGUUGUGGUACUCUUCUAAAGGAAUUGACAUUAUUGAUAGAAAGUACUCUGAUAUGUUUGAAUGAAGGGCCUGAGAGUAAAAUUACUGAAGGUACCUAAGUGAUCUAGGCUCUUAAUUUCAUUUUCAAAAGUGAAUACUUGGAUGCUUUUUCAUAUGCUAUCUUACAUCUCUGUGACUUAAGAAUCUGGGGUACUUCUUUCCCAAAAUCUUAUGAGUGUUGUGUGCUUGAAACCAUGUUAGGCUAAUUGUUUAACUUCAGCACUUGAAAAUAUAUAAUUGAAUUUAAUUUGGGAAGGGGAGCUUUUAUAAACUUCUAAUCAGUGAAAUGUUAAAAAUAACAGUAUCACAGAGUUUUGCUGGCACAGAUGUGAUGAGCAUCAAUCAAAAUCAACCAUGUUGCAAUUUUGUGUUGUAGGUGUGGAUAUUGGUGAUUUCUUCUUUUUAGCAAUUAAAGAGUUACUAAAAAAAAAACAAAACAAAAAAAAGCAGAAGGCUUGUUACUUUUUGCCAUACAUUUUUGUAUGCUUUACUUGAUAUAUGCUGUUGCUUAAUUUGUGCAUCCCAUUACUAUAGCAGUACAGAGCAGUUACUGCAGAUGCCAUCAUCCUCUUAAGUACACAUACUGUACAUUAAGCCACAUGUUUAUUUUAUGGCCUAAGCAUUUUAGAGCUUUCCUAGCAAUAACUAAAAAAACUAAUGGAGUAUAAAUGAGAAAAUUGCCUUUUUCAUUUGAUAAUUUAGGUUUAACAGGAUUCUUUUAUUACUUUAGCUAACACAAAAUUGGAGAUCAGGGCAGAUGAGAUCAGUUUGAGCCGUAUCAGCAAGUGUUUGAAGUAGAUUUACUGUGAGCCACAUACUGCAGCUUUCUGAAAAUACAAGUAGUUGUAUGCAAACAAACUGUCCAAAGAAUCAAAAUUGGGGCAUCCUAAGCCAAGCCCUCUGAUUAAUGGGUGAAAUUAUUUCCCAGUGUGAGAUGCUGUGCCAUCACCCACUACCAAUGGGCUAAUGGGGUUUUACCACAGAUUUCUGCCCUGGGAUUCAUUAGUGUUUGCCUCCUGACUGUCCCUGUGCAUACCACAAACAUGACUGACGAGCCUUUCGUUGCACUUCAGGAAUAUUUUUUAAUUGUUCUUUUGCAAAUAUUUGCAUUUCAUAAUAGCAAUUUCAGGGUGAUCCCUAUUAAUUCACAAGCAGCUAAGUGUGGGACUUCAUGCUUCAGAGUUUAUUUAGCGUAGAUUAGAGGGCAUUAAUCUUCCCCAAGGCUAAUGUGGCAGGAAUGUGUUGUUUUAUUCAUCCUUGUAGACCAGUUUACACAACAGAAAGAUGCAGUCUUACUCAGAGGGUUAGAGUAUCCCCCACUGACCGUCAUCGACAAUCCUGUUAUUUCAGCCAUGUUUUGUACAGUUCUUCCACAAAGAGGUGCAAGGCUUAUUCUGUUGACUGUAAACAACCACACAGAAUAUUUCAUCUGUGCAUAGCACACUGUUCACACCCCUCAAUAAAGCCCUGUUUCUGGGGGUGAUAAUUUACUGCAGGGUCAAUUAGUGAAACACAGGUUUCUGUUGCACCAGGGCGAUCUAGAGGGGUCUGACUGUCCAUUUCCCAGGAAGAUGCCAAAGCCAUGGAUGAAGCCACAGAGAUGGAUUUGCCAUGCAGGGCAGGUAUUUCUUUUCACUGCAGUUAACUUAAUCCUUGUGGUCUGGCAAAGGAUGUUAUUUAGGCCAACCCCAUGUCAUUUGCACGGGACGCGGGAUGCACCCCAUGUUCACUAUCAGGUUGAGUUGAGCUUCUGCCUGAAGACCAGGAUCACCUGAGAGCUCAAAGUCAAAUGAGACCCACCAUUCUUCUCUGUUCAAUUCUCUGCUGAUCUUUAGUAAACUCAUUGCAAUUGAAGCUGGGGCUGGUGCCUGACGUGUGUCCACAAACAGCGUGUGUUUAAUAGUAACAAUCCUCACGUUCUUGAUAAAGACAAAUGGAGUGUACAGGUUCUGUUUGUGUGGUUGAAUCUUCAAAUGACAUUUUAGGGGGUGACCUGCCGGAGGGAAAUUUAACCUCACUGCUCAAAGUUUCCUUCCUCCCUGAUCAGAGAGAGAAAGCCCUGUUUUCCCACAGGCAGCACACGCAGCUGCUGUCCCUGGGCAGGGCAGGGACCAGGGCAGACCCCCUGCUGACGCAGUUAGUGUGUCCAGAUAAGAGGGACAGAAAGGUGGUUGUCACCAGAGUUGAUAGUUCACAGGAGUAAAAGCACAGUUGCUCUCUCCAGCCUUUGCCCUUCCCAUAACAUGGGCUGGGAAUUAGAGGGAUGGAGGGGCAGGACAGCACCAUGCCCCAAAUCCUAGAUCCCUGAGGUUCAGCCUGAGGCAUAGGGCUGAACAACAGUGUGGGGUUUGCUGUUGGCUUCAGGUGUUUCAGGUGUGAGCUAUAACCAUUGCUGUUAGCCACUGCCAUGGGACCUGCUGCAGCCCAGGUAACUCCCAGCCCAGUGGAAAUCCUUGGCCAGGAAUGAAUUUCAGCAGAAAAUCACAAAUCCAAAUCUCAAUCCAGUAGCAAAACAAGCCAGAUUAUUUUUAUAGAAGCUACUAAAUGUUUAACACAUUUCAAAAUAUUUUUAGAAUCUAUACCCAUGACUAAACCUUGUCCCUGUCUCCAGCAUGCAUGCAGAACCAAUCCCCAUCCAUCCCCAGGGGAAUGACAGCUAUAGUACCUGUAAGGAGUUCAUGCUUUAUUAGUCAAGUGGAACAUUAAUAAAACCUGGCCCACUUCAUAAUUUCCAGAAUAGUCAUUAAUUAAAAAAACUGUUUAUUGGAACAGAAAACAAGUAUUUGAUUAGCUUUGUUACAGAACAAUAGCUCUCCUCAUUUUUAUUCUGCAUAUUUUUUCUUUCUUUAGAAAAUUCUCUUAAGAAGCAUUUGAGAUAAUUCGCUUUUUAAAACUGUACAGUUUCUAUGGUUUUGCUUUUUAAAUGAGAGUACACUUUGUAGAUUUGAUUAUUCUAUUUUUCUGUUAAUAUUACAUUGGGCAUUACGAAAGCAUUCCCCACCACAGUGAAAAGAAAGUGAUCCUGUUGGUUUAUUGUAAAAGAAAAAAAAUAAUUAAAACAAAAUUGCAGAGCUGUGGCAUACUCAAUCCAAUUCGAGCAUGACUCUUUACUACUCUUCAUUUACCACAUGAGAAAAAAAAUAAAGUUACACCAGCAAGAUUUCAUUUGAAGCUGUUCAUGCAUGCUGUUUGUACCGUAUUUGAUGGCAUAAUAUUGUUUUGUUUACAACUUUUUCUUUCUUGUCAUUCUAUUAUAUUCUUUAUAUGUAUAUAGUUAAAAAAAAAAUAUACAAAGUAUUUUGUUCUACCUCUGUAAAAAUCAUACUUGUGAAUAAAGUCACAUUGUCUGUGGAGUAUGGUAUUGUGAAUACAGCAUUAA